AUGCUCGACGAAAGCUUUCCCACGUACCGCCUGCACUCUUCAGAAGACCCCCUCCAGACGGGCCUCUUCUACACCUACAACGGCUCGGAUCCCGUCCGCGCCUACAACCUGCAGAGACCACCCCCCUCGUCCUCACCAGGCCAGUAUGCCGUCGCUCUGUUCGACGCCCACUACCCGUCCGUCAUCUACGGCGAGGUCCUGGUGAAGCCCGAGUGGCAGCAGCCCACGCUGUCGGCCGCCGAGAUCCGCAACCAGAACGGCACCCCGCCGGCCCCCGUGCCCAUCACGCCGGACGCCUUCUCCGUGCUGCUGUACAACCCCGACCAGAGCAUCGCCGUCAAGCGCAACGCCGGCGGCUGGAACCGCGCCGACUCGUGGGGCUUCGAGAUGCCCGAGCGCACCUUUAAGCUGCCCAGCGCCAGCCGGCUGGACCAGGAGCUGGGCAGCAACGACGUGUCGGACAUGUCGCCCAAGAUCAUGUUCCACUGGAAGCGCGACGGGCGCCUCAACCGGGACAUGACGUGCUACAUGUCCGGCAAGAGCGUGGGCGGCAAGAAGAGCAAGGAGCCGGACAUUACCGUCGCCAUGUAUCGCAGCCAGAAGCACGGGGACGCGCUGUGCAUAUACGAGCCCAACAUGGCGCGCGUCGAGGUCGAGGACCGAAAGGGGCUGGAGAUUGUGCUGCUGCUGAGCGCCGUCGUGGUCCGAGACUUGCACUUUGCGCCUCGUCAGGAUCCCUUCAACGUCUCCGGCGGGGCUGCUGCGGGGGUUGCGAACGGAAAGGGGAGAAGAGGGUCACGGCCACUGGCAUCGUCGCCGAGUGACCCGACGCUUGUGUCGGGGGCAUUGGGGGAAACUUCAUCACCGGUACAGACGCACACGCCUCCGUUGCGGCCAUCUCCGGCGAGCAACUCCGCGAAGCAGGCUGACAUCGACGCCGAGACGCGCAGGCUGCAGGCGAUGGUGGCCGAGGAGGAACGGCAGCGCCGCGCACGGCUCGCUCGAGAGGAGGAGGAGAGAACGCGGAGGAUGCUCCGGCAGGAGGAAGAAGCUCGACGGCGGCAGAAGCAGGCCGAGAUCGAUGCCGAGACGGAGCGACUGCGCCGGCAGUACGGCGUUGCGGCCAUACCACCCGCACAGUCCUUUCCCCCCCCUUCACAGCGGCCCUCUGGGGCGACGCCGGCGAUGUCUGGAGCGUUGAGCGGCGGCAGAUGGUAUGGCCCGCCCGUCGUGAACAACCUCCAGCCUCCGCCUGCUCCUCCGCCGCGGCCAAGCAGCGUGGGGCCGCAACCGUCGGGGCCGCAGCAGGGCGGACGCCACAAGCCGGGCCCUUAUUCGGGGCUGGCAGGGGCGCGAGCCAGCGCGCUGAAUCUUUUCGGGGGAGCCAAGACGGAGGAGGACAAGAGGAAGAAGAUGAAGAAGAAGCAGAGCGUGUUUUUCUAGCAUGGGCGUUUUGUCCGAUGUCUAUAUCGAACCCCCGCCCUUGCAUCACCCCUUUUUUGUUUGUGUCUAAAAGGUAUCCUCGAAUCAAAUGGGUAUAUAUCUAAUACUCAUGAU